UUGUUUAUUACUGCAGUCAGUUUGUAAUCGGUGAAAAGUAAAGUUUAAUCAAAUCAUGCUAUCAUUUCAAAUUUUACAAAUUUCUAUUGGAAUUUUGCUAGUGUUUGGUCUUAGUCAAAUUACUGCACAGGGUCCAUUCUUUCAUCAUAAGUGGAGAGGAAACAGAACAACCAUGGCACAAGAAUAUGAUUAUAUCACAACAACUACAUUAGCACCCACUACAACUUCAACAACUACUACUACUGAUGAUACCACCACUUCGUGGCGUACAACUACUACUUAUGGUACCACCACCACAUCUCCAACUACAGCACCUAAUACUGAUCCACCAUGCCUUACGGAUUUGUGUAAAAAAGACAUAAAGGCAAAAAAGGGCUUAUUUGUUAUUAAUUUUAUGUAAAAAUAAAUUUUUGGUUGUAUGUUCAUUUAAAAUUAA